AUGAAGUUAUAAGUAUGUUAAUGGAUCUAGGUAAAGCUUUAGAUAACUUAAAGAUAUAUUAAGAAGCUUUUGAGUGUUAUGACAAAUCUAUUGCAAUUCCCUAAAAUGAUACCUUAUGGAAUGAUAAAGGUAAUUAUUUUAAAAGUAGUAUUAUUUAGGUGAAGCAUUAUACAUUCAUUCAUUAAAAAAGCUAUACUGUUGUACAAAAUCUACAAAAAUAUUAAGAAGCUAUUGAUUGUUAUGAAAUAUGUAUUGCAAUUAAUCCCUAAAAUGAUGCAGUAUGGAGGAAUAAAGGUCAAAUGAUUUUAAUAUUAUCUAGUCUUUGCAUUAACAUUUAACUACAAAUAAUACUAUUAAAGUAAUUAAAGAAACAUAGUGAGGCAAUUUUAUGUUAUGAUUAAGCUCUCUCUAUUUGCAUUGAUCCCCAAACAUUAUAACUUAAAGGUAGAUAAUUCUUAAUUAGAUUUAACUGA